AAAUAGGCAAUAUUCUUUCAGGAAUAUUUAAUGUAAAAAUUGACAACAGUGAUGAAAUUGUUCAAUAUUUUCAAGAGAUAAUUGAUACAAUUGGUGUUGGAGUAAAAGAAAUCAAUGAUACUAAUCCUGAUUUAGUUCCAUUGGAACGUGAUAGAGAAAGUAAUUAUCAGGUUUUAAAUGCUUCUGGAAUACGUGCUUUAGCAAGUUUUGUUAAAAGCAAGCAAAAUUCUGAAAAUUUCGGAGGCUUAGUCCAAUGCAUAGAUAAAAAAAACCAGAAUGUCAUAUGGUUAUGUAGUGAGCAUCGAAAUGAUAAUGAUUAUACACUUAAAGAUGAACCACAAUCUCCACACUCUCCACAUCCAUCCAAUCGAAAUUUAACUCUUAUGUAUGGUUCUCAUUUGCAUCAACCAUCCUCUCCACAUCCAUAUCUUCCAACCUCUCCAACCCCUCCAACCUCUCCACCCCCUUCUAUUCAACCUUCCCGCAAUUUUACACUUGGUUCAACACAUUCAUUCAACAAUAAUCAAAGUUACUAUAAUAAUAAUGGUCAUGACAAUUACCCAAAUUGUGAAUAUGAUGGUCCAUUUUCAUCACAACCUAUUUCAAGAUCAGAUUCUAGAGAGUCAUCAUUAAUUAUGGAUAUUAAUUACCCAGUUCCAUUAAUAUAUUUUGUUAAUGACAUCCUUAUAGAUGUUCUUAAUAAUGCAUUAUCAUCUGAUUGUGCUCAUUUUGGCAUUGAUGAUAUUAAAAAAGAGACACACAACAUGCGUGAAAAUUUGGCAGGUCUUGCACCAUUUUAUCAGAAUUGGCUUAACAGUCAACAAAAAAGGCUCUUAAAUACCAUAUUAAAAAGGUAUAUUGUUGGUUAUGUUUAUUUUUUAACAAUGAUUUAUCGAUAUUGUUAUGUAAAAUUGACACACAGAUUUAGGAGUCGAACAAUUCAUUGUUUUAGUGAUCUACCUGUUGUUCAUAAAAUUAUUAAAGUAACUGAUGCAUUGAAUGAAUUUUAUGCUGAGUCAAAAAUAUGUUUGGAAAAAAAUGAUCGAAAAGGCAUUGAACAAAAUUUAAACAAACUUGAUUCAAGUUCCAAGAUUUUAAAUAAAUAUUCUCAAUAUAAUAAAUUAAUGAAGAAUAAUGCUUUAAAAGAAUGGUAUAUAAUCAUGAUAAAAAAUAGAGUGUUAAAAGGGAAUAUUCCUGUUUUUGGGAAAGAGUUAGAUCCUGAAUGUUUUAAUGAUGAGGAUAAUAUAAAUUGCAUAGAGAAGGAAAUUUAUAUGUAUAGUGAACAGAAUUUGAAUGAAUCAGAUUAUAUUUUAAAAUUUCUAGGGUUCACUGUAGACAAAUUCAAACCAAUACUUCAUUAUGAAUAUGCUAACUAUGGAAAUUUGUAUGAGUAUUUAAAAAACAACCAAACUUUGCCUGAAAAUGAAAAACUGACUUUGGAUGCCAAACUAAAUUUGUCAUUAGAUAUAUGUUUAGGACUUGAAUUUCUACAUGAGAAACACAUUCUGCAUUUAGACUUGAGAAGCAGCAAUAUAUAUCUGUUUAAAAAUGGAUAUGAGAAUGAAUUUCUAAAGCCAAAAAUUUCCAAUUUUUUAUACAGUGUAGAUACAUUGAAUAACCACACAACUGUUAAACCAUGUUUACCAAAAAGUAUUGAAAAUCAAGUCAGGAAAAGAUGGCAUGAACCACAACGUUUAAAAAAUGAAAAGUACAAUUGCACAUUUGAAUCAGAUUAUUAUAGUUUGGGGAUGUUACUUUGGGAGAUAUUUCAUGCGACAGGAGCUUUGCCAUAUGAAAAAAUAAAAAUUGAGAAUUUAUAUGAACACUUGAGAUCUAAAAAUGGGCCUGAAAGUUUGCCAAAUAAUUUACUAGAACAGUUAUAUGAACAUUUGAAAAAUGGGUAUGAAGGUUUUCCAAAAAAUUUACAUAAAUCUCUGAUAUCUAAAAUAACCAAGUUAUGGGAGUAUAAUAUUAAUGGACGGACAACUGUAACUGCUAUGAUUGCAACAUUAAGAAGAUUUAAUAAGAAAAAGAGAACAACUUCCUCAUCAACAAGAUGUACAAUUUCUACAAUUUCUACAUUUUCAACA